AGGGGCUACUUCCCUCAUGCUCAAGAGAGCGUGAAAAGACACUCAGCUCUUGACUCCCGGUUCCCACUUGAAUACUGUCCAUUGAGGGGCAGGAACUGCUCUUUCACCUUCAUUCUCCUGCUGCUGCCCCGCAUUGGACACGGCGGGGUGCAAGCGGGAACCGGAAGUCUGUGUAUUUAUGUCUGCUCCAACUCUUGGAUCCCGGCGAAUGUCUCUGGUCUGGGAAGUGACCUCGGCGGCAGGAGGACACAAGACAUCAAAGGCCAAAAAGAAGAAGAAGAAGAAGAAGAAGAAGGUGGUUGGAACAUGGGAGAUCCUCUGGGGAAACAAAGGGUGUAAUUGGGAAAAACCAGCCAUGAGAUGGAAGGAGAGCACCUUUGGGGAUCAAGAGGGGCCAAGGAGGUAGGAGCCAAACCAAGUGGAUUUCCAAGGAAUUCUACCCCAAGAAGAUGAUUGCAAUGGAAAGGGAAUGAAGGCACCUUCUGCAUGCGAGAAAACACUCAGUUGUAAAUCAAGCCUCGAUGCACACUGCAGAACACACAUGGAAGAGAAGCCAAGUUCAUUCAUAGUGCAUGGAAAGAGCUUCGGUGAGAAUUCACAGCUGAUCUCACAGACAGGGGAGAAUGCUGUGAAUGGAGAUGGAUCAAAUAUGCAGGACAGAAACCAAACGGAGACUUCAAGAGGUGAAUCGGAUGCUUCUCGGAGUGGAGAUCCCCAUCUCAUCCCAACUAUACCAGGAAAAAAAGAAAGAAAGAAACGGAAAAAGUGCCCUGUAUGGCCAAAGAUCUUGAGUAAUAGCUCAAGUGUUAAGACACAACCAGAAAUCCACAUAUUGCACAAAUACUUGGAGUGUGGAAAGAGCUAUAGUCAGAGCUCAGACCAUUUGACCCAUCAAAUAAUUCAUGCAGGAGAGAAGCCAUAUACAUGUUCAGUUUGUGAUAAAAGCUUUAAGCACAGUUCGACCUUGAUUGCUCAUAAAAAAUUCCACAACAGAGAGAAGUUAUAUAAAUGCUGGGUUUGUGGGAAGAGUUUCAUGCAAAAUUCACACCUUAUUACCCAUGAAAGAAUCCACACAGGAGAAAAACCAUUUAAAUGCCAGGAGUGUGGAAAAAGCUUCACUCAGAGAGGUCACCUUAGUAUCCAUCAAAGAAUCCACACAGGGGAAAAGCCAUUUAAAUGCCAGAAUUGUGAAAAGAGCUUCACUCAGAAUGUCAGCCUUACUAUCCAUCAAAAAGUCCACACAGGGGGGAAACCGUAUCAAUGUGCAUUGUGUGGAAAGAGCUUCAGCCACAAUGCCCACCUUUCUUCCCAUCAAAGAAUCCACACAGGGGAGAAACCAUUUAAAUGCCUGGAGUGUGGAAAGAGCUUCAGUUGCAGCUCAGGCCUUAAUACCCAUCACAGAAUCCACACAGGGGAGAAACCUUUUAAAUGCCUGGAGUGUGGAAAGAGCUACAGUGAAAGCUCAGAACUUAUUAGGCAUCACAGGAUCCACACAGGAGAGAAACCAUUUGAAUGCCUGGAGUGUGGAAAGAGUUUCUUUUGGAAGUCUGCCUUUACUUCCCAUCAAAGAAUCCACACAGGGGUGAAACCUUUUAAAUGUCUGGAGUGUGGAAAGAACUUUAGUCGUAGUGUUCACCUUACUACCCAUCAAAGAAUGCACACAGGGGAGAAACCAUAUAAAUGCCUGGAGUGUGGCAAGAGCUUCAGUCAAAGUUCAGGCCUUAGUACCCAUCACAGAAUCCACACUGGGGAGAAACCAUUUAAAUGUCUGGAGUGUGGUAAGCAGUUCCGUGAGAAUGGAGACCUUACUAAACAUUUAAGAGUGCACACAGGGGAGAAACCAUAUACAUGUCUGGAAUGUGGAAAGAGCUUCAGUCGUAGUGGACACCUCAGUACCCAUUAUAAAAUCCACACAGGGGAAAAACCAUUUGAAUGCCAGGAGUGUGGAAAGAGCUUCAGUGAAAGCUCAGAGCUUACUAAACAUCUAAGAGUGCACACAGGGGAGAAACCAUAUAAAUGCCCGGAGUGUGGAAAGAGCUUCAGUCAUAGCUCAGCCCUUUCUGCCCAUCAAAGACUCCACACUGGGACAAAACCAUAUAAGUGCCCUGAGUGUGGAAAGAGCUUCAUAAGCAGCUCAACUCUUUAUAAUCAUCGCAAAAUUCACACAGUUGAGAAAUCUUUUAAAUGCCUGGAGUGUGGAAAGAGCUUCAGUCGCAGUGAAUACCUUAAUGGGCAUCAAAAAAUCCACACAGGGGAGAAACCUUUUAAAUGCCUUGAGUGUGGAAAGAGCUUUAUGUUCAGCUCUGCCCUUUCUAAUCAUCUCAAAAUCCACACAGGUGAGAAACCUUUUAACUGCCUGGAAUGUGGAAAGAGCUUCAUCCAGAAGGGAAACUUUAAGAGACAUCAAAGAGUUCACACAGGACAGAACCCUUCCGAACACCUGGCAUUUAUAAAACAUUUCAGUCAGAGCAAACACCUUUCAUCCCAUCUAGGACUGUGUGCACUGUAGGUAUCUCUUGUGUUUAAUCCAACAUAGCUAUAUUUAUCAUUAUUUAUUUACAAUAUUCAUACCCCACCCCUCCAAUACUUUACUGCUCGGGGUGGCUUACAACAAGAAAAUAUAUACAAUAUACAAUAAAAGUAAUCAAAUUAACCAAACUGAGUAAACAAGUUAAAAACUUGUUCAAAUUUAAGUUCAAAUUUAAGU